AUGGAUGAAGAAAUAGCAGUUAUAAGUAAAACAGAAGAUACAAUGAUGAUUUAUGAUAAUCUUACGUUUACAGGAGAAAAUGAUAAAGCGGCAGAUGAUACUUUUAAAGAGGACUUCGAAGAGAAAGAUGAAUCCUCCGAAGACCAAGAACAAGAACAAGGUGAAAGCGAUAAUGAUGACUCUAAUGAUAUAAUUUGUUUUUUACGAAUAAAUCUUAGGUGGUUAACUUCUUAUUUGCUGGAUCUAUUAUUCAUCUAA